UACUCUUUCACCAAUAAUCAAGUGCCACGUUACCAAAAAGACAGGAACUUAGUGUAUACUAUCACAGUGGAUUAGUGGUUGAUAUAUUAAAAGCCCGAGUCCAAAUCCGAAGGUUGAAAGUGGAAACCCAAGAAAAUCCAAAGAGAGUCCCCACUCUCCAGUUUAAGUAUUUUCAAUUUUCAAAUCCACCGCUUCAAAGCUUUUUUACAUCACACAAAGGAGAGAGAGACAAACACAAAAUACAACCAUUUUCUACUGUGCUCGCUCUCUCUCUCUAUCUUGCAAUGCCAGCGACUGAUGCAGACUUGGAUCUUCGAUUAAUGCAGCCUACUCACUCCGCCAUCUCCAUCGGAGAGUAUACAUUUGCGGAUGCUGGAAACAUAGAGCACUGUGCAAAGUACUUGAACCAGACGCUUGUUACCUACGGCUUUCCUGCUUCUCUCGAUCUCUUUGCCAAUGAUCCGGUUUCGAUCGCGAGGACUUGCAAUUGUAUAUAUUCAUUGCUGCAGCAGAGGCAACGCGACAUUGAAUUUAGAGACUCUGCUAAUGAGCAGAGACAACGAUUAUUAUCGGAUAUAUCAAGAUUAGAGGCUAAAGUUGAGCGGCUUGAUGCACAGUUGCAAGCUAAAGAUAGAGAGAUAGCAACAAUUACCAGAACGGAAGCCAAAAGUACAGCAGCUUUUAAAGCACAGAUUGAGAAGCUACAGCAAGAAAGGGAAGAAUUUCAGAGGAUGGUGAUCGGUAAUCAGCAAGUGAAAACUCAACAAAUACACGAGAUGAAGAAGAAGGAGAAGGAGUACAUAAAGCUGCAGGAGAGAUUGAAUCAAGUCUUAAUGGAGAAGAAGAAGGAAUCAAGAUCAGGAAUGGACAUAAUGAAUUUGCUUCAGAAAGAAGGGCGGCAACGUGGGACUUGGAAUGGGAAGAAGGCGGACAAUGAUUUCUAUAAAAAGAUUGUGGAUGCUUAUGAGGCAAAAAAUCAAGAAUUAAUGGCAGAAAAUGCUGAUUUAAGAGCACUAUUGCGAUCAAUGCAGGUAGAUAUGCGUGAUUUCUUUAAUGCUCCUAAUGGGUUGCCAAAGCAAUCUUUUCCUGUCAGCGAAAGACAUGAAAAUGAUCCAUCACAAUCUCCAUUGGGUGGGAGGACGGAUGUUUUUGAUCUUCCUUUUCACAUGGCUAGGGAUCAAAUAGAAGAAAGUCUUCGCACUAAGAUGGCUUCUAUAAAACACAUGGUUCAAUUACAACAUGCGCAAAAAGGUGCAGAAGUCACUUCUGAAGCAACAGAGAGGGAGCUUGAGCUUGAAGCUCAACUUGUUGAAGCAAGAAGCAUAAUCCAGGAGCAGGCAUCGAUUAUGUCCAAACAUCUUGCCAAGACGGAGAGACCAAGGGAAUCUACUAUGUCAUCACCAGCUGAGGGGGUAUAACUUAGGAAGCCUAAUGUCCAUGUCUGCAUUUUCGGAUUAAAGAUCAACUGAAGUUGGUUGUUUUGAAAAGAUGCACGGCAGUAAGCAAGCUAGUAAACUACUGAGUCCAAUAUUGUCUGUCUAUUCGGUUUGUAGUAACUGUAUUAAGGCUUUAUUCUAAAGCUGUAGUGUUAAUGUAAUUAUUGUGUUAGGUAUCUUCAGCUGUAUUUGUAUGAUGAUUACAAAUGCUUGGUGAGAUUUCUCAAUUCAUUGUAUCAAAAGAACAAUGCCUAUUGUCUAUUGAUAGUUUGAUACACAAAAACACAUAUUCGCAAGAGCAUUCAUUCAUGCAUGAUCAAACAACUGAACGCUACUUGGCAAGAAAAAAACUUGUAAGUAAAUGCUCCCAAGUUGCAGAGCUUCAGGGUAGAAAUGCUGAGCAAUAGGUAUUGUGCUUCACUUACGUCUUUGAAAGUAAGUUUUCAGAGUUCAAUAGGAAUGUAAAUAUGUAAACGUAAUCGUCCCAUAAUUAAAUGAAAGGUUGGUUUCUUUGGCAUGUAAGUUUGCAUUUUUUGCUGCAACAUUUGGUAUCGUAUGUUUUCUUGUCAAAUAAAUCUUUUACUAACCGAUGUUGUAUGCAUGAUGCUUGAAGAGAAUAGAAGGGCAGGUAAUGGG